CAGUCCUCCCUCUCUCUGAGUAGAGGCAGUGGUGGUGGAGCACAGCUGAUGUUGAGGAGAGAGGCAGCACGUGUGAAGGCUGUUCUCUAAUGGACUAACUUCAGCUUUACAGAGAGGCCAGGUCAAGCACCCCUGAGCCUUGGAUCAUUCCUCAUCUUAACCAGCAGUAUAACAGCCCGAUGGGACUAACUGCUCCUACUCCUCUAUGCCUCUGAGAUCCUCUGAUUUCUCCUCCACUUUUUUUCACAGCCUUACACAGAGAUGGACAACUGCUCAGUCUAGACUUAGAAUCAUUGUUGGUUCUGUGGAUUGACUGUGAAGCCACAAAUUCAACUGACUUUAUCAAGAUUAAGGCACUGUAGCAGAAACAGAAGCAGAGACCCAAACCGCCUCUACAUCCUCACCUAAACAUGAUCAGAGCAGUCUGUCUCCCAGCCUGUCACACAUGUCCUUGUAUUGGAGACAGGCCCGGAACUGACACCAUAGAGACCUAGAGAUGUGAUGACCAGAGAAGUCGUCUAAACAGAAGAACUCGUAAUAUUGUUGGUGAAUGGUGUCAACCAAACAGAGGUCAAAAUGGAACCAAUUAGAAAAGACAUGGAGCUGCUAAGUAACAGCAUGGCGAGCUAUGCUCACAUCAAAGCCAACCCAGAGAGCUUGGCUUUGUACUUCAUGAUGGGUGUGUGUUUUGGCCUGCUCCUGGCCCUGUGCCUCCUGGUCACUGGCAUCGCCUGUAGCACACGUCGUGGUCGCACCAAGAACAAGAACACUCCCCACUCCCUAGAGAGGAGACAACUGAAGUCUAGCGAAGAAGAUGAGGAACAGGAGAAAGUGGAUGUGGAAGAAGGGGAGGAGGUUGAGAUCCCUAAAUUAACUGCGGUGCCUAUGAGCAACCGCAGCAGCCAAUCAAAUGGUACUUUGAAGAGCGUGAACGUGUUCGCGUCGGCAGAUGAGCUGGAGAGGGCGAGGCAACUGGAGGAGAGGGAGCGCAUCAUCAGAGAUAUCUGGAGAAACGGGCAGCCCGAUAUACUGGCCACUGGGACAGGGACCAUCGAACGGGUACACUACCUCUAAAGGACCUAAAGUGACUCAAUGACCUAUUAACAUUUUAUUAACCCUGAACUUUAUCUACUUCAGACAGAGACUGUAGAGGACUUUACUGGGCAGGCACAGAUUCACCUUCAUCUUUUCAUUCAAUGUGUAUUUUCAACAUUUUUCAUUAAUGUAUGACUAUGGCAAAUGUAUUGCACAAUACAAUGUACACUUUUAUGUUUAUAAUUCAAUGAGUAUCCAUAUACAUUUUUUAUUUUGGUAAUAAAAAGUAUAAUUUCA